ACCUUUUGGCAAAACAACUUCGGAAAUAAAUUAAAUAAAAAAAAAAAUAAAUACAAAGAACCAUGGGUAUGUCUGGUUUGUCGGAAGACUUUAUAACGUUAACACAGUUAAAUUGUGUUCAACAGUGCAGUGCAUUAAUUUACAACCCAAAGCCGCGUAACUAUUUAACGGCCGCAGCACUUUUUAGCGUAUAUUGCGGCGUAGUUAUCUAUCGUUCGUAUCGCAAUCAUCAGGCCAAAAUGCAGGCUCGCCGUGAGGCUGCGCUGAUUACGGCACGUGAAGAAUUGCCAGUCUUUGAGGAGUACACCGUUGAAGCACCCACUUUGGAGCAGCAGCAAUAUCCAGCUGAACCAACCGUUCCCGAGCCAGCACACAUUGACGACCCGGCCAGCGACGAGACAAGUUUACCAGCAACACCCUAGGCCAACUCGAAGUUCCACUCCCCCAAAUGUUUCAGGAUAUCGCAAUUAAUUGAGAAACGAUCGAACUUCAGUUAUAAGAGAAUACAUUUCCGAUAUAUCCAAAUGAGCUCAGUCAGUGAAUAAAAAUUCAUGGAACAUGCAUACAUA